UGUUUAAAACAGCUAUCGAUUUACAAAUGAAAAUUAAAUUUUGAUUAAUAAAGCAUCUUAUAAUAGGAUUAUAAUGGCUGGAAUUCAAGAGGGAAACGUGGUGCCUCAGAAUGAGAGAUUGUUUGAAUCGAGGAGUAAUCCACAGAUUCCGAACAAUGUUGGAGGUUUUGAAUACAAACUUGAUGACAUGAAACAUUUACACAGAUUUCUUAUCAUUGGGUCUGAUCGCACACAUUAUGCCAUAAGAAAGGAGCUAGAAAUUGAAAACAAAAACACGAUUAAAAGACUGAUACGAGAAAAUAACGGGGCGGAAGUUGUCAAAACAAUCAAGGAAAUCAGCAAAAGUAGGAGAAAUGUACGUCAAGAUGCUCUCUUGUUCGCAUUCGCCGUUUGUGCGAGGUCAAACGACACGAGUACUAAACGUGCAGCAUAUGCAGCACUGUCAGACGUCUGUCGAAUACCAACACACCUUUUUAUGUUUAUUAACUACUGCGAGGAAGUGAGCAGCGAGGAACCGUCAGACACUACAGAAGAAAGAGAAGCCGGAACCACCGGAUGGGGAAGGGCACAUAAGCGAGCAAUACAAUCCUGGUAUACAAAGUUUGAGCAGACUCCUGAAAUACUAGCUCGGCUUAUAAGAAAAUACGGUAAAGGCGACAAAUGGAAACAUAAAGAUGUCAUUAGGUUGUGCCAUGCAAAAACGGAUGACAAUGUUAUGAAGUUCAUAUUCAGCUAUAUAAUCAAAGGGUACCAAAAAUCUAUGACCGAGUUUUAUCAAAUCAUUUUGGAAGCCUCAGAUGAGGAAAAGGCUAAGCUGGAAAAUAUACGCGAUUUGAUUACAGUUUAUGACGAUGCCUCUCGGUGUCAAAAUGUUCAACAACUCUGCCAUAUGAUUAGAGAACAUAAACUUGCAUGGGAGCACUGCAACCAAACGCUCAUUAAAAACAGAGAUGUAUGGCAUAACCUCCUUCCUCAUAUGCCUAUAGAGGCCUUAGUUCGGAAUCUUAGCCGAAUGACAAAGUAUGGAUUACUUACAGAAAAUAGCGAAGAUGAACAAAUGGUACUUGAUAAGAUAAGAUCUAUCAACAUUCCAUGCGACCCUAAUAGCAGUCAGGAACUUCAUGGAGGACCAUUAUCUGUUGAUGAGGAAAUGGAGGAUGAACAUCCAUGGGGAAUGGGAAUGAGUUGCAAAAACUACCUUCAUCCGCUGAAAUUGCUUACUGCAUGGCAAGCCUACAAAACAGGACAUAGUGAAAGACGUGACAGUCAAUGGACACCGAAUCAAAAGGUAGUCGACGCUUUAGAAGAGGCAUUUUACAAAGCGUAUUCUGUUAUUGAAAGAACCAAUAAAACAUUCUACUUAGCAGUCAAUACCAGUGUUUCAACAAAGACUUGUAUGUAUGAUAGUAGUAUAACACAUUCGAUGGCUGCUGCUGCAAUGCUGAUGUUGUUUGCAAGAACGGAGGAAAACUGUAUUAUAAAAUCAUUUGGUGGUGAAAGGGUUGAAGACCUUGGUAUUUUGCGAACGGACAAGCUUGAACACGUGGAACAAAAAAUUAGAAAUGCAAAUCACCCACGAGUUAAUGACUGUGCACAACCGAUAAAAGACGCAAUCGAAAUGCAAAAUACAAACAUUGAUGUGUUUGUUUACUACACAGAUAGUGAAACUUGUGGUGGGAAUGUGCAUCCGUAUGAAGCCCUCAUACAAUACAGAAAACACUCUGGAAAUUCAGAAGUUAGACUGGUUGUAUGUGCAAUGAAUGCUACAGAUCUCACUUUAGCAGAUCAAGAGGACCCUUUAGUGUUGGAUAUUGUCGGGGUUGACGCCAACACCCCUUGGGUCAUAUCGGAAUUCGCAAAAGGACAUAUAUAAGACAAAGACACAUCAUAAAUCAUGGCCUUCUUAUAUCAUAUACUGUAUAUACUUUUAGGUUACUUUCAUUGAUUAUGUUAGUAACAAUGUACCCACAUUAUGAAUAGUUUGGCACAAAACCUAUGUUAUUGUAAAAUAAGGUAAAGGACUUCUACUUAUUGAU